AGUGGCGUUACAAGCUUCUCUCCCUAUGUAUUGAAACGGCAAUGAAUUGUGCCUUUAGACCAGAGAGAGGCGAUUGCAGGAAAAGCCUGGGCAGAAGUGAGACCUUGAGAUCCGCACUACCUGGUUUGUCUUCUCGAGAAUGGAUUCGGGAGUAGUCAGUGCUUCAUCAUGUGAACGGCGGGGAAGGGGGGGCUAAAAUGCGUCUGAGAGAAAUCCCCUCCCGGAGGCGCGCAGUUCUUAAGCCGAGCUGUGGGGCGUUGUGCUCUCGUUGGUCGACGUUACGUUUGCACCUCCCAGGGGCCCGGGCACCGCCUCCUGCCCGUCCCACCCCGGCAGCGGGCGGAAGAGGCCUCGGUCUUUUGCUCGGGCUCGGCGCUUCGCCGCCAUGGAGCCCAGCAGGAGGGAGCUGCUGCUGGUCAGCGAGGAGCUCGGCGAGGCCGAGGUGGCGGCUCUCAAGUUCCUCAGCCGGGAGCACAUCCCCCUGAGGAAGCUGGAAGCCAUUCAGAAGGCACAGGACUUCUUCGACGUCCUGCAGGAGAAAGGCAUGAUCGAGGGGGAAAACCGGUUCUUCCUAAUGGAGCUGCUCUGUCGGAUCCGUCGGAUCGACCUCCUGGAAUCCAUGCUGCACACCACCCGGCAGAAUGUGGAGAGGGAGCUCCAGAUACCAGGCCGGGCAAAGGUGUCAGCCUACAGAUACCUGCUCUUUCAGCUGUCAGAAGACAUCACUGAAGAUGACCUGAGGUCUUUCAAGUUUCUUUUGGGGGAAGAAUUACCAAAAUGCAGGCUAAUCCCUAAGACUACAAUGCUUGACAUUUUCAUUGAGAUGGAGAAGAAGGGGAUUUUGGGAGAAGACAACCUAAGUACCCUGAAGAAACUCUGUGCAGAAAUUAACAUCAGCCUGUUGAAGACAAUUGAAGAGUAUGAAUUAAAAUUUGGUGAAGAAAAGAUGUUUGUCGCAGAGGAAGAGGGGGGCAGCACAGCAGGCUGUGAAGCCCCUGCCAGAUGCCUGGAGUCAUGUGUGGCACUUGAUUCUCCCGCCAGACAGCAUCAGCCUUCCGAGCUUGAAUCUUACAAAAUGUCCAGCCGACCCUGUGGAGUGUGCCUCAUCCUGAAUAAUCACAGCUUUGCAAAAGCCAGGGAAAGAGUGCCAGAACUCAGAGCUAUGAGGGAUCGGAAUGGGACAGAUGUGGAUGCAGAGGCUCUGAAGAGAGUCUUUAAAGGCUUUCAUUUUACAAUAGCGGAAUACAGAGACCUCACUGCAGAAGAAAUCCGUAAGACCGUGAACAUCUACCGGUGUGAAGACCACAAGGACAAAGACUGUUUUGUUUGCUGUAUCCUGUCUCAUGGGAAAAAAGGCGUGAUAUAUGGUGUUGAUGGGCAGGAAGUAUCUAUCCAGGAACUGACCACUUCCUUCACUGGGAAGAAUUGCUGCUCACUUGCUGGAAAACCAAAAGUCUUUUUUGUUCAGGCCUGCCAAGGUGAUGCUUACCUGGAAGGUGUGAACAUCGACACAGAUUCUGGAGAGCCAGAUGCUUCUGUAGAAACAGAUGCAAGAUUUCAGCUCGAGUGCAUCCCUGCAGAGGCAGACUUCCUCUUGGGCAUGGCUACCCUGCAAGAUUACGUUUCCUACAGAAGCACAUCCGAGGGGACCUGGUACAUCCAGGCAUUGUGCCGCCACUUGGAGAACAGCUCUCCUCUAGGACAAGAUAUUCUCACCAUCCUGACAGCAGUGAAUGAAGAGGUGAGCAGAAGGACGUGCAAGCCGAAUUCAAAGCAGAUGCCACAACCCACUUUCACGUUGAGAAAAAAGCUCGUUUUUUCUGUCGACUGAAUGGAAGGGAAUUGCACGGCAGAGGGAGCUACAGCCAAGAAUUGGGUAAAACAGAACAGAUCUCCAGUGUCAGCUCUUACCGCAAGAGCAAAUGUUUUUAUUCAAAGUACAGCCUUAAGAAAUUUUUGUAAUUAUGUAUCUCACUUUAUAAUUGAGCCUCUCAGAGUGAGUGUCUGCUUUGGGGUUCACUAGCUUUUUCAGCUGUAUCAUGUUGCUGUUGCUCUUUCCAAUGGAGAUUAAAAAAAAAAAACCACCUCUUAUGAAGCCCUGUAUUUUUUUAUGCCUGACUUUUGCAAAAUAAAGCAGGGGAACACUGGAAAUUUUACAGGAU